AUGGUCUGUUCUACCAGCAGGACGAAGCCAGGCCAGUGCCCUUUCCCCUCAGAUGUGAAGCCAAGGGUGACCUCCCUGGUUGUACCAGGAGAGGAGCAGGAGGAAGACAGUGAGGAGGACCUGGAGAAGCUCCCCGAGCUGGGAGCAGCAGCAGCAGGAGAAAGCCACUUCCCCAACAAGGAGGAGAAGGGGGAGGAGCAGCAGGAGGGCAGAGGCAGUGAGCAGGAGCCUGGGCAGCAGCAGCUGGAGGGGCCCUGCCUCUCUAGUGAUGUGUUCUGCAGGUUGCAACUGCAGCAGGUGGAGCGCAUUUUCCAGCGCGCUCAAUACUCAGAUGUGUUCUUAAGAAAGGAGAUUUCAAUACCCACGUGUGUCACUGAAGCCACGGUGAAGCCUGAGGACCUUGAAGACGAUUCGCUGUGAA